AUGGAUCUCCUAAAUUUUUCUAUCACGCUGCAGAUGUUUCUCAGCGCAUGUACGGGACUGCAAUUUUUAGGCACGACGGGACAGUGGGCUCGUUACCUCCGCUGGGACGCCAGCAUCCGCGGCGAUCUCAGCUUCCAGUUCAAAACGGAGUUCUCAGAGGCCCUGUUGCUCUACUUCGACGAUGGAGGCUACUGUGACUUUCUGCAGUUGUCUGUGGUUGAGGGUCGACUUCAGCUGCGUUUCAGCAUCGACUGUGCUGAAACGACGGUGGUUUCUGACAGAAGAGUGGAUGACAACAACUGGCACUUUGCGACUCUAAGCAGGUAUAACUUACGCACAGUUCUAGCGCUGGACGGAGAGGCCAAAGCUGACGAGGUACGGCCUCAGCGCCAGUUCAUGAAAAUAGUGAGUGACCUUUUCCUGGGCGGGGUGCCUCAGGAUAUUCGCACUGGUGCGCUCACACUUCCCACCGUGCGAAAAAUGCAGCCCUUUAAGGGAACAAUCACAGACUUGAAAUACAGCAAGUCGCAACCUCUGUUCUUGGGAAGUCUAAACGUACCCCUAGAGUCAGAGGGGUGGUGCACUGUGAACCCGUGUGAAAAUGGUGGAACAUGCGCAGUCGUGGAUGGCCAACCGGUCUGUGAUUGCUCCAAAACAGAAUAUAAGGGCAACUUCUGCACAGAAGAGGUCAGCAGCAAAACACCAGGCCUCGCACACAUGAUGGCUGAACAAGCUAAAAGCAAAGCAAGGGAAGAGAAUGUGGCGACAUUCCGUGGUUCUGAAUACUUCUGCUACGACCUCUCUCAAAACCCAAUUCAGAGCAGCAGCGAUGAGAUCACACUCUCCUUCAAGACAUGGCAGCGCAACGGCCUCAUUCUUCACACUGGCAAAUCAGCUGACUACGUCAACUUAGCGCUGAAAGAUGGUGCCGUCUCCCUUGUGAUAAAUCUGGGCUCUGGAGCAUUUGAAGCAAUUGUUGAGCCAGUCAACGGGAAGUUCAAUGACAACUCAUGGCACGAUGUUAAAGUGACUCGCAAUCUCCGGCAGCAAUCACGCAUCGGACAGGCCAUGGUGACGAUAUCAGUAGAUGGGAUUUUAACCACUACGGGUUACACCCAGGAGGACUACACCAUGUUAGGCUCUGACGACUUCUUCUAUGUUGGUGGAAGCCCCAGCACCGCUGAUCUACCUGGAUCUCCAGUGAGCAACAACUUCAUGGGGUGUCUCAAGGAGGUGGUGUACAAGAACAAUGACAUCCGCCUUGAGUUGUCCCGUCUGGCUCGUAUCGUUGACCCUAAAAUGAAGAUCCAGGGCGAGGUGUCCUACAAGUGUGAAAACGUGGCAACCCUUGACCCCAUUUCUUUUGAGACUCCAGAGGCCUAUAUCAGCUUACCCAAGUGGAAUACCAAGCGAAUGGGAUCAAUCUCUUUUGAUUUUCGCACUACGGAGCCUAAUGGCCUUAUCCUCUUCACCCAUGGCAAACCUCAAGAGCGCAAAGAUGCAGCACGGAGCCAGAAGAACACGAAGGUGGAUUUCUUUGCUGUUGAACUACUGGAUGGAAGUUUGUACCUGCUGUUGGACAUGGGCUCAGGGACCAUCAAAGUGAAGGCCACGCAAACAAAGGUCAAUGAUGGGGCCUGGUAUCAUGUGGACAUCCAAAGAGAUGGCCGUUCAGGCACCAUCUCUGUUAACAGUAGAAGGACCCCGUUCACAGCAAGCGGUGAGAGCGAAAUCUUAGACCUGGAAGGCGAUAUGUACUUGGGGGGCCUUCCUACAGAUCGCACCAACCUCAUUUUGCCUACUGAGCUGUGGACAGCGAUGCUUAACUAUGGCUACGUGGGUUGCAUCCGCGAUCUCUUCAUUGACGGUCGAAGCAAAGACAUCCGUCAGAUUGCUGGAGCGCAAAAUGGCGCCGGAAUUAAGCCCUCAUGCAACAAGCAACCUGGCAAACAGUGUGAGAGUUACCCAUGCAAGAACCGAGGUGCCUGCAAAGAGGGCUGGAAUCGAUUCAUCUGCGACUGCACCGGCACUGGUUACUGGUCCCGCACUUGUGAGAGAGAGGCUUCCAUCCUUUCUUAUGAUGGGAGCAUGUACAUGAAAGUAGUGAUGCCAACCGUCAUGCACACAGAGGCGGAGGACGUCUCCCUACGUUUUCGCUCGCAGAGGGCUUACGGUCUCCUCAUGGCCACUACCUCCCGAGACUCAGCCGACACGCUCAGGCUGGAGUUGGACGGAGGCCGCGUCAAACUCACGGUCAACCUAGACUGUAUCAGGAUAAACUGUAACUCCAGCAAAGGACCGGAGAUGCUGUAUGCUGGGCAAAAGCUCAAUGAUAAUGAAUGGCAUACAGUACGUGUGGUGCGUCGCGGCAAAACCUACAAGCUAAUGGUUGACGAUGAUGUAGCAGAAGGCCAAAUGGUGGGUGACCACACACGUCUGGAGUUCCACAACAUUGAAACAGGCGUCAUGACAGAGCGCAGAUUUGUUUCAAGCAUCCCAUCCAGCUUUAUUGGACAUCUGCAGAGCCUCAGAUUCAAUGGAAUGCUCUACAUCGACCUGUGCAAAAAUGGUGACAUAGAUUUUUGCGAGCUAAAUGCCCGCUUUGGGAUUCGUUCAAUUAUUGCUGACCCAGUCACCUUUAAAUCCAAGAGUAGCUAUCUAAGUCUGGCCACCCUGCAGGCCUAUACGUCCAUGCACCUCUUCUUCCAGUUCAAGACCACCUCCCCCGAUGGAUUCAUACUAUUCAACUCAGGAGAUGGGAGUGAUUUUAUUGCUGUGGAGCUAGUAAAAGGCUAUAUCCAUUACGUUUUUGACUUGGGAAAUGGACCUAAUCUAAUCAAGGGGAAAAGUGAAAAGGCCCUUAAUGACAACCAGUGGCACAAUGUGGCAAUCACCCGAGACAACAGCAAUACUCAUACUCUGAAAGUAGAUGCUACAGCUACAGGUCAAAGCAUAAAUGGGGCCAAGAACUUGGACCUGAAAGGUGACCUCUUCAUCGCUGGACUCGGCCCUGGCAUGUAUGGUAGUUUACCUAAACUGGUGGCUUCCAGAGAGGGUUUCCAAGGCUGCUUGGCUUCAGUGGACCUAAACGGCCGUCUACCUGACCUCAUUAGUGACGCCUUGUUUCGUAGUGGGCAGAUUGAGCGUGGAUGUGAAGGUCCCAGCACCACAUGUCAGGAGGACUCCUGUGCCAACAUGGGUAUUUGCAUCCAGCAGUGGGAGAACUACACAUGCGACUGCUCCAUGACUUCCUACACUGGGACACAGUGCAAUGAUCCUGGGACCACAUAUAUCUUCGGCAAAGGAGGGGGCCUCAUAACGUUCAAGUGGCCAGCCAAUGAAAGACCAAGCACCAGGACUGACAGGCUGACUGUUGGCUUUAGUACCUCACUCAAAGAUGGCAUCCUGGUCAGGAUUGACAGCGCACCUGGUCUGGGGGACUACCUAAUGUUGCAUAUACAACAAGGUAAAAUUGGCGUGACUUUCAACAUUGGAACAGUGGAUAUCAGUGUCCAGGAGAACAGUACCCCCGUGAAUGAUGGAAAGUACCACGUGGUCCGCUUCACCAGGAAUGGUGGUAAUGCCACGUUGCAGGUUGAUAAUUGGUCCAUCAAUGAACACUUCCCAGGACGACAGCUAACCAUAUUCAACACUCAAGCCACCAUUGGGAUUGGUGGAAGUGAUCGUGGGAGGCCAUUUCAGGGUCAACUAUCUGGUCUCUAUUACAAUGGCCUCAAGGUGUUAAACAUGGCCGCUGAGAGCAACAUUAACAUCAAGAUUAAUGGGAGCGUGAGACUGGUUGGUGAUGUUCCCAGUGGCUCUACCAAGUCCACUGCAAUGCCUUCAGAUGUGUCCACUACCUUCAUUGAGACGACUACCAUGAUGUCCACCACCACCACAAGGAAACACAGAUCUUCUUCAACGCAUGCACCAGAUGAAAUUGUUUCAUCUGCGGAGUGUUCCAGUGACGAUGAAGACCUAGAGGAGUGUGAAACUGCACUUCCCACAGAACCAGGCGUCAGGCCGGGGCCUUCGGAAGUAGUCCGGGAAUCAAGCAGCACCACCGGGAUGGUCAUCGGAAUAGUGGCAGCCGCUGCCCUGUGCAUCCUCAUCCUUCUUUAUGCCAUGUAUAAGUACAGGAACAGGGAUGAAGGCUCCUACCAGGUGGAUGAGAGCAGGAACUAUAUCACCAACUCAGCACAGAGCAACGGUACCGUCAUCAAGGACAAACAGCAAAGCUUGAAAGGCAGCAAUAAAAAGCAGAAAAAUAAGGAUAAAGAGUAUUACGUGUGA